GCUCCUCCGAGAAUGCAGUAAACAGAACAGAUGUUGCGUUGGCCUGUUAGGCCAAUGCUCAACUUUUUAAUUUUAAAACAUUUAUGAUUUGGAUUUAAUAAAAGAAUGUUUGUGUUAUAUUUCGUUUUGAUUGCAUGACAUUACAAAGUCCGAUUUUGUAUUUAUUUGAGGUUGGGCUCAUACUACUGACAGUCUUUGUAGAAAGGUGUUCCUCAGAAAAUGUCCUCGUCAAGUGGGUUAGGUCUUGUUGGGCCUGCAGUCACCUCCAUCCUCCAACGAGCUGUUGAACUUGACAGGAACAGGAGGUACACUGAGUCGCUGGUUUGCUAUGAGCAAGGCUUAAGGGUAUUAAUGGAAGUUAUCAAAACCACAACGGAUACAUCAAAAAAGGCACAGCUACGGCAGAAGGUGGAAGAGUACAUGUCUCGCGCUGAAAUGAUCAAAAAGCUCAUAGAAGAGAAGAAGGCUCUUGGUGAAUACAGAGAACAAGUUGUGAUUGAGGCUGACUCUACUGGGCACAGUUACCAAAGCGUAUUUGGACGUUUCCUGGAUUCAGAAGUGACUGACAUAGAAGUAGAAGAUCCAUACGUAAGAAAUUUCCAUCAGUGCCAAAAUUUUUUAAAGUUCUGUGAGUUAGCAGUUACAAAUUGCCCCAAUCUGAAAACUAUUGACUUGAUAACAAAUGUUGGGCAUAAUCCACAAGAAGCUCAUGAUACAAACAACUGGCUUGCGAGCCUAAAAAGUUCUCUCCAGUCCCGCAGAGUAAACUUAGCAGUUGAAAUUCGGACAACACUUCACGAUAGAACAAUAAGAUUAAGUAAUGGAUGGAUAAUUAAAAUAGGAAGAGGUUUAGAUUAUUUUAAAUCACCUGAUAAUAAAAUGUCCCUUGGAGUUUUUAAUAUGGAUUUGAGGAAAUGCCAUGAAACAACAGUUGAUAUUUUCCAUAAAGGAAAUGUAAAUAGGGUAAGAAAAUAAACUGAAAGUAAUAAUCACAAAAUAUUUAA